AUGAUGGCCCUGUGGGAAUACGUCCUUAAUUGGUUACGCAGUUUAUUCUUCCAGCAGGAGAUGGAGCUAUCGCUCAUCGGCCUCCAAAACGCCGGCAAGACGUCGCUCGUUAACGUCAUCGCUACUGGCGGUUUCAAUGAAGACAUGAUUCCCACGGUGGGCUUUAACAUGCGCAAGGUGACUAAAGGGAAUGUGAGCAUAAAGCUGUGGGAUCUGGGCGGGCAACCGAGAUUCCGGAGCAUGUGGGAGAGAUACUGCCGAGGCGUGUCAGCCAUAGUCUAUGUGGUGGAUGCAUCAGACCAUGACAACAUCCCAGUGUCACGCAGAGAGCUGCAUGAGCUGCUCAGCAAGCCCUCUCUUGCUGGUAUCCCGCUGCUGCUGCUGGGGAACAAGUGCGACAAGGCAGAAGCUGUUUCCCGGGAUGCCCUAAUUGAAGCCAUGGGAUUGAACCAGGUUUGCUUUGCAGCAUUCGAUCACUUCCUGUCUCUCACCGAACACGGACCUGUUCCUACAGGCAUCUCUUUCGUUGUCCAUCCUCCCACCAUGGCUUCCCUCUCGUUCGCCGCAUCCGUCGCCACGUGCCCUGCAGCGGUCGCUUCCCCGUCAACCGCGCCGGCUUCCUCGCGGCGACUAAACGUCGAGUCGGCGCACCACGUGAACAAGAAGGCGACGGGCCGCCACGUGGCGACGCGGCCGAAGAAGCACGCGGUGUGGGACAGGAAGCGCGGCGGAACCAAGGACUACGGGCCGCUGCCCGAGGCGCCUCCCGUCUGGCGUCUAGAGGAGGAUGAGAAGGCUCCGGCCGCUUCGUCUUAG